AUGCUUUCCCAGUCGCGCAGAAGCAGACCCUGGAGAGAGUCAGGCGCUGUCUUGAUUCGACGCUUAGACACGCAAGCGCGAGCCUGGCGAGCCACGUGGCGGCAGCCCAGAAUCACGUACAUAGAGGAGGUCAGGGCUGUGCAAUGCUACCGCCCAAAUAGGUACCUGGUGCGCAUCAGAGGUGGCACUAUGGCGAAGCUGUCAUGCAUAUAUAGAGUGCUCGUUCCCCCGUGGGGCGACAACAUCACCAACAUUGCGCUGCGCUCUGGCCCGUGCCUUCUGAGCGGUGCCCUGCGGAACAGUCGGAGCGAGUCCCAGCCAUCGGCGGAGAGCCUGCCUAGGGCGCCCUUGCAGUGCAGGGCACCAUGCCUCUCGGGCGCUUCGCGUGCGCUGCUCCGGUGCCACGACCACUCUAUACAUGAGAGCUACGGCCGCGUGACCCGUGGGGACCUCAAGCCGUUGGUCACCGUGGAGUGCGCGGAGGACGAGGACCACCGCACCAAGACUACAGUGGAGGCCCAUGCCAAGAAACACCCUGCUGGCCUCCAGGGUGCCCUCGGCUUCUUGGGCUUCGAUGGUUUUGCGAUGGAGAGCGUGGCGUUCCCGCACCACAAAUGA